AUGGCUGGGCAGAUGGAUACCGAACUUAGAAAUCACAAGGAUUACACUGUGGGAUGGGUAUGUGCUCUGCCAAAAGAGCAGACUGCGGCGACAGCCAUGCUAGAUCGAAGACACCCCGGGCUCCCGAAGCCGCGGAAUGAUCCCAAUACUUAUACCCUUGGAUCUGUUGGCAACCAUAACGUUGUGAUAGCUUGUCUCCCAAAAGGGCAGAUUGGCAACAAUUCGGCAGCGAACGUUGCUGCCUGGAUGAUCUCAACUUUUCCGUCCAUCAAAUUUGGCCUGAUGGUGGGUAUCGGCGGCGGUGUUCCACCUAAGGUGAGACUUGGUGAUGUAGUGGUCAGCACACCAGUGGGCCAGUUCCCUGGUGUGGUUCAAUGGGAUUUUGGCAAGGCGAAAGAAGGCGGCGGCUUCGAACGGACCGGGUCGCUGAACAAUCCGCCCACGUCUCUGCUCACGGCCCUCACAGCGUUGGAGACGGAGCAUGACUUGGUUGGCUCUAAAAUACCAGAGUACUUGGAGGAAAUGAGGGAGAAGUGGCCGAGACUUGUACCGAAGUACCUGCCGUCUGAUUUGCAGGAUAUAUUAUUCAAAGCAGAUUAUAAACAUGCAAGCAGGCAUGCCUCGAAUCUCGAUGAUCCUUCCGAUUUUGAUGAUAUAGAUGAGGAUGAAGGAGAGAGCUGCCGACUCUGCGAUGAAACACAGGUUGUGAGGAGAAAACCGAGAGAUAUGUCUGUACACUUUGGUUUGAUCGCGUCUGGAAACCAGGUCAUCAAGGAUGCUGUGUUGCGAAACAAACUCAACAAAGAUCUUGGUGGUAAUCUCCUUUGCAUCGAAAUGGAAGCGGCGGGGCUGAUGAAUAACUUCCCGUGUAUCAUCAUCCGAGGAAUCUGCGACUAUGCGGACUCACACAAGAACAAAGAUUGGCAGGAAUACGCUGCAGCAACAGCUGCAGCAUUUGCAAAGGAAUUUCUAACAUUCUUGCAACCGAGCGAUGUUGAGGGAGAGCGGCCAGUGAAAGAACUACUUGGACAGACCAUUUCGUUCGAACAAAAGGAAGACCUGCAUAUACUUAAUUGGAUUACGCCAAUCAAUUAUGGCCCUCAACAAAGCGAUUUCUUAGGAAGAAGAGAACGCGGAACUGGCCAGUGGGUUCUGGAGUCGACCCAAUUCGAGACAUGGAAGGCGACCAAGAAGCAGACAAUGUUUUGUCCCGGAAUGCCCGGAGCUGGCAAAACUAUCAUCAGCUCGAUUGUGAUCGACCAUCUCGACCAGGAGUUUCAAGCAGACCCAACAAUUGGCAUCGCUUAUAUCUACUGCAACUUCAAGUGGCAGGACAAUCAGAAGAUCAAUGAUUUGCUGGCAGCAUUACUAAAGCAACUGGCUGGGCGGUGCCAGCCUCUACCAAAUAGAGUCAGAGAACUCUACAAACAUCAUAAAGCCAGAACAACGCGGCCAUCAACCGAAGAAAUUUCUCAAGUUCUCCAGACCGUAGCAGCCACAUUUUCAAAACUCUUCAUCAUCGUUGAUGCACUUGACGAAUGCCAGACAUCUAGCCGGCCACAUUUUAUAUCGGAGCUUUUCAACCUUCAGACACGGCACAGCGCGAAUAUCUUUGUGACAUCGCGAUUCAUAUUAGAAAUUAUCCAUCAAUUCGAAGGCGCCCUAUCUCUCGAGAUCCGCGCGACUGAUGAGGACGUGCGGAAAUACCUGGAAAGCCAUAUGGGACAUCUACGACCUUGUGUUCUUGAGAGUCACCAACUGCAGGAGGAGAUUAAAGCUGCUAUCUCCGAUGCAGUUGAUGGAAUGUUUCUGUUGGCUCAAAUUUAUCUUGGUUUCCUCGAUGACAAACUGACCAUAAAUGAUAUCCGGAGGUCAUUGAAAAGCUUUCAUAAGCAAGACCGAGGGUCAAGUGAAGACGAGAAGACUGAGAUAUUGAGCCAUGCCUAUGACCAAGUCAUGGAGAGAAUUAAUCAGCAGCGGCCGGGUUUGAAACAACUAGCAGUGAAGGUUUUGUCAUGGAUCACCCAUGCUAAGCGGCUUCUUAGUAUACGAGAACUUCAGUAUGCCCUUGCAAUAAAGAAGGGAAAGUUCCAGCUUGACGAGGGAGACCUGCCACAUAUGGGAGAUAUGGUAUCAGUCUGCUUGGGAUUGGUCACCAUCGACGAUGAAAGUACCAUUAUACGUUUGGUGCAUCACACCACACAAGAGUAUUUUAUGCGAUCUCGGGAGGACUGGUUUUCCAAUGCCCACACCGAAAUUGCAGAAUCCUGCGUCACCUGCUUGUCAUUUGACGUUUUUGAAGCUGGAUACUGCGCAUCGCAUGAUAGCUUGCGUGCAAGAUUGGGAACCACUGUUCUUUAUGGCUAUGCCGCGAAGAACUGGGGACACCAUGCCAGAUGCUCCCUGAAUGAGGACGAGGGGUUGAUAAUGAACCUUCUUCAGAACACCUCCAAAGUAUCUGCCUGUAGCCAAGCUAUGGUAUAUGACGGAAGUUGGUAUGGUUUCGAUAACACUAUAACUAAGAUGACAGGUUUGCACCUUGUAGCAUACUUUGGAAUUGGAAAGUUCACUUCGAAGAUGCUUGAGAGGAAUGCUGCUGUUGAUCCUUUGGAUAGUUAUAGUCGAACUCCGCUCUCAUGGGCGGCUGAGAAUGGGCACGAUGGAGUAGUGAAGCUACUACUUGAAAGGAAUUCUGCCGUCGAUUCUCUGGAUAAAUCUGGUCGAACUCCGCUUUUAUUAGCGGCUAGGACUGGUCGCGAUGCAGUGGUAAAGCUACUACUUGAGAAAUGUCUCGUCGAUCCUCUGGAUAAAUCUGACCGAACUCCGCUCUCAUGGGCAGCCGAGAAUGGGUACGAUAUAGUGGUGAAGCUACUACUUGAGAGAAAUGCCGUUAUCGAUUCUCUAGAUACAUCUGACCGAACUCCACUCUCGUGGGCGGCCGAGAAUGGGCACGAUGUAGUAGUGAAGCUACUACUUGAGAAGGAUGCUAUUAACGAUUUUCUGGAUAGAUAUAGCCAAACUCCACUCUCGCGGGCGGCUAAGAAUGGGCAUGAUGCAGUGGUGAGGCUAUUGCUUAAGAGGAAUGCUGUCGUCGAUUCUGCGGAUAAAUCUGGCCGGACUUUGCUCUCAUGGGCGGCUGAGAAUGGUCGCGACGCAGUGGUGAGGCUAUUACUUGAGAGAAAUGCCGCUGUCGAUUCCCUGGAUAUAUCUAAGCGGACUCCACUUUCAUGGGCGGCUGAGAAUGGGAAUGAUAUAGUGGUGAAGCUACUACUUGAGAGGAAUGCCGCUUUCGAUUCUCUGGAUAAAUCUAGGCGAAGUCCGCUCUCAUGGGCGGCUGGGAGUGGUCACGAUGCAGUGGUGAAGCUAUUACUUGAGAGAAAUGCCGCUAUCGAUUCUCUAGAUAUAUAUGACCGCACUCCACUCUUCUGGGCGGCUAAGAAUGGGCAUGAUGUGGUGGUGAAGCUACUACUUGAGAGGAAUGCCUCUUUCGAUUUUCUGGACACAUAUGGCCGGAGUCCGCUCUCAUGGGCGGCUGGGAGUGGUCGCGAUGCAGUGGUAAAGCUGCUUCUUGAGAGAAAUGUCGUUGUCGAUUCUCUAGGAAAAACUGGCCGAACUCCACUUGUGUGGGCAGCUGAGAAUGGGCACGAUGUAGUGGUGAAACUAUUACUUGAAAAAAAUGCCGUCGUUAAUUUUCUGUAUAGCCAAAGUCCGCUCUCACUAGCGGCCAAAAAUGGGCAUGAUAUGGUAGUGAAGCUACUACUUGAUGGGAAUGCCGUCGUCAACUCUCUGGAUAUUUCUGGUCGAACUCCGCUCUCAUGGGCGACUGAGAAUGGGCACGACCUAGUGGUGAAGCUAUUGCUUGAGAGGAAUGCUGUCGUCGAUUGCAUGGAUAAAUCUGGCUGA